AUGAUCGCAUUCAAGCAAAACUGGCACCCCCUCGCUGUCUCCGACUCCGUCAUUUCCAACGAUCUCCUCCUCACCGCCUUCACGCCCCACCAGCUCGUCCUCGGUCCCAACUGCUCCGGCAAAACCACCUUCAUCAAGCAGAUCGGCGUCGCCUGCGUGCUGGCUCAGCUCGGCUGCUUCGUCCCCGCGCAGUACGGCCACGUCCCGAUCUUCGAGAGCCUGGCGAUGUGCGGAGGCGAGGAGGAGUCGAUCGAGAGCGGACUGAGCUCGUUCGCGCGCGAGGUCCGGUGCAUUCGAGACGUGUUCGACGGACUGAGCGGAUGCAGCUUGCUGCUCUGCGAUGAGUUCGGGAAAAGCACCUCGCUGGAAUGCGCUUUGUCGCUGCACUGGUCGCUGCUGGAGUUCUGCUCGACGCGGCCUGCGCUGUUCUCGCUGUUCUCGACGCAUUUCAUGCCUCUCGCGUCGAUUCGCAAUUGCUACACGACGGUGAAGACGUCCUUCAUGAAAACCGCCUUCGAUCCGUCCAACGCUCCGCGUUUUCUGUGCUCGAUUGCUGUAUAUAAAAACGUGCUGGUGUCGAAUAGCCAGGACGCCGUCGCGAAGGAGUUCAAAGAUGAGAUGGAUCGGCAUUACGGAAUCAUCGCAGCGCGGCUCUGCGGGCUUCCCGAGUCGCUGGUGUCGCAAGCUGAAGCGAUCGUGCCUUCGAUUCGCGUGAAAACGUUGCGAUGCGAUGACCAGGACGGAGUGCAGCGCGUGCUUCUGCGCCAAGAAGUGAUGCAACGGCUGACGCCACUGGUGUCGUACUCCUCGCUGAAGGGAGAUGGACUGAAGUCCUAUCUAGAAACGCUCAAGAACAAGUAUAAGUAG